AAAAUUACAAUGCGGGUCUCAUUACAAUGAUAUUACAUCACAGAAAACUUUCAACUGAUUGGUGCUUUUCGAUCCUUCCUGCAUUGAGAACGAACCACAAAUAUCAGUUACUACAAGUCACCUAUUCAUUCUUAUUGAAAGCUAUCCAAGCAAGUUACUUCAAGAUGUCUGGUCGCGGUAAAGGUAAAGCUAAGGGCACCAAGUCCAAGAGCCGCUCAUCCCGAGCAGGGCUUCAAUUCCCAGUUGGUCGAAUCCACCGUCUUCUACGCAAAGGCAAUUACGCUGAGCGAGUUGGCGCUGGUGCUCCAGUAUAUUUGGCUGCCGUGCUUGAAUAUUUGAGCGCUGAGAUCCUCGAGUUGGCGGGAAACGCUGCUCGUGACAACAAAAAGACAAGAAUCAUUCCCCGUCACCUUCAGCUGGCUGUCCGUAAUGACGAGGAGUUGAACAAACUGCUCGCCGGUGUCACCAUCGCACAGGGAGGUGUCCUUCCUAACAUCCAGGCUGUACUUCUGCCCAAGAAGACUGAGAAGAAACCCAAAGCUUAACUCAACUUCAACGCGUACAAAAACGGCUCCUUUAGGAGCCACCAGAUAAUUCAAAAGUCUUGACCAACUAGAUACGAUAACAUGAAUAACAACUACCAAAUGAUGAUUAUCCGAUAACGCCCCAUAACCUUUCCUCCCCAUUUCCAAUAUUAUAAAGAGAAAACUCUAAAUUAGGAUUCUCAUUUCCUUCAAUGACCAGGUACACUUGAAAAGUUUUUGCGCAACAAAAAUGUAGAAAUAACUCUGUAGGAUAUUUUACUCCACGCAAAUGCGUGUAACUUGCGCCAAAAUCGUUGUUCAAUGGGUCUUUAGACAUCACUGGCGGUUGUAAGAAAUUACGCUAAUGCGUGUAACUUGCGCCAAAAUCGUUGUUCAAUGGGUCUUUAGACAUCACUAGCGGUUUUAAGAAAUUACGCUCGAAUCCAGUUCGACGGUAAGCUGGUAUGAUAUUGAUUUUACUCUCUGAAUGGUUGCUGCUGCGACCCACGAAACAAAAGAUCAGAUAGGAAAAAAAAAAAGGUUACUAGCUGGAGGCCUGGGAACGCAUCUAGAUUAUGUGUAGCUUUUCGAAAAAGAAACAUGGCUGUCUUCAAUAUCCAAAUGUAGAAAUAAAGCGAAAAGAGAAAGCGA